AGUAUUACCAAGUGUUCGAGGCGCUUGCCGUAUCGUUGUUGGAGCUCUCAAAUGCGUGGCCUGAAGGGCUUUUUGUUAAUGGGUUGAUUCCAGGAGAAAGUUAUGCUGGAGAUUAUGUUUCUCAGCUAUCUCAAAUCAUAUUAGAAAGAAACAAGGUAAUUCAACAUCCAAUAAGUAGUUUCAAGGAAUCCAUGGUCUGGAAUGCUGUUAUUAAUGAUUACCAUGAUUACAUUGGCACAUUCCAGUAUUGGUGGACUCCUGGAUUAAUUUCAAAUUCUACUUAUAAAGUUUUAAGGGUAACUGGUAACUUUGGAUCUGCUACACACCCUACAAGUGAAUGUGUGAAGGCUUUUGCCCUUGCAGGAAAGAAGCAGGGGAACAUUGACCAUAUAGCAUGUACACCCUCCCUUUCAAUGAUACAUCUUCAUUUAAGCGCAGAUUAA